CAAACCCGUCCCACACUAGCCCUCAGCGACAUGUCCAAGCGGGCGAACAAGAGGCAGCUGCGAGAGCUGGAAGAGCUGGAGGCGCUCAAGGCCUCGACACCAGUGCCCGAAGACGACAGCGAGGAGGAAGAGGAGGAGCAUGCCGGUCCGGCUCCGAUCAACCCCUUUGCGGCGCUUGGCGGCGAUGACGAACCUGAAGAAGAGGAGGAAGAGGAGGAGGAGGCGGCAGUGACAGUGAAGAAGAAGGUACGCCGUCGCUCCCCCUUUGCCCAGCUAAACGACGCCCAGAACAAGAAGAAGAAGCCAAAGAAGAAGAAGCCAGCAGCAGCGGCCCUUGUGGACGAGGACGCCGAGUCGCCUGCGGCCUCGACACCAAAGUCCAAGGGCAAGAAGAAGGGCGGCAAGGCAGAGCCAGAAGCCGACCUCGACGGCAUGGACGAGGUGGACCGGGCGCUCGCCGAGCUCAAGCUCAAGUAUGGCGAGGAUGCGCCGGCGCCAGCAGCAGCACCAGAACAGGUGGCCAACGAGCCCAAGUCGGCGCUGGCAUUCAGGUCGCUGCUGUCGGUUGACCCAAAGAACCUCGACGCCGACGCCGAGCUGCGGCGCUUCUUCGGCUCCAAGGUGAUCGCGUCGGCCACACCAACGAACAGAAAUCACCGCGCCGCGGCCUCCUCCAAGGCCCGCUACACCAUCGCCAAGCCCAAGCCGACGUACCCCCCGCCGACGUCGCUCGCGGGCCUCAACAUGCACGAGAUGAGCGCCGAGGACGUCGAGGACGUGUACGACCGCCGCGGGUGGGAGCAGACCGACCCCGGAGAGAAGUGGUACACCUUUGAGCACUCGCCUGCGUGGCGCGAGGUCGAGAGGCAGUUCUUGGGUGCGGUGCGGUCGCAUGACCCCAACGAGCUCAUGGCCCUCCUCCAGGUCUACCCAUGGCACGUUGACACGCUGCUGCAAAUGAGCGAGAUGUACCGUCUCCAGUCGGACAUUGGUGCCGCGUCCGACUUUGCCGAGCGCGCACUGUACGCCUUUGACCGGUGCCUCGUCCCCGGCUUCAACGUGCAGUCUGGCGCCUGCCGCCUCGACUUUGACUAUGUCGAGAACCGGCCCAUGUUCACCGCGUUGCACCGCAUCAUCUCGUACCUAGGUCGCCGUGGAUGCUGGGUUACAGCGUUCAACUUUGCCAAGCUCUUGUUUGCGCUCGACCCCGAGGGCGACCCGCACGGCGUGGCCCUGUGGCUCGACUUUUUGGCCAUCAAGGCCAACCAGGGCCAGUGGCUCCUCUCCAUGCUUGAGAUGCGCGAGACGAGCCGAGCUGCCGCGCUGUGGCACGGAUACCCCGGCAUGGCGUAUGCCCGCGCUCUUGCGCUGCGCGCCGAGGAGGACGCGGCCAAGGACAAGGAGCACGAGAAGAGCACCGAGGCGCUCAUCGCCGCCAUCAAGACUUUCCCCGAGGUCAUUGUGUUGCUAGCCGACAAGGUCGGCGCGGAUGUGCCUGGUGGCGCACGGAGUAACCCUUUGCUCCAGGUCGAGGCGGGAUACACACAGUCACCGACGACCGUCCUCCACCUCCUGGCGCACAUCUACGUCGCACGAUCCGAGGCAUUGUGGAAGGAGCCAAAGAUUCUCUCGUGGCUAGGCAAGACGUUUGCCAAGGCCCUUCCGCUCAUCGACGAGGGCUCGGCGCGCUCGCUUCGCGCCGAGGCACACGCCAUCAUCCAGACCCCACGCGACCUCGGCGCGGACGGUGACCUGGCCGUGCCGCUCAACAUUUGCCGACACGUUCUGUGCUCCGAGUCGACGUCGUGGCUCGGGUUCCUGCCACCGGCGAUCAAGACGCGCUCGUUCCACGCGUACGACCCGCUGCCGCCCAGCACGGCAGUGACGGCGUACGACGCCGUGUACUUUGACCCCGUGGCGCGUGCGCGCGGCGCCGGCUUCCGCGGCGAGGCGGGCGCCCAGGGCCAGAUGUUUGAGCGCUUCCUCGGCAUGGUGCGCGGCAUGAUUGGCCAGGAGCCAGCGCAGUGGCCCCAGCCGAUGCAGGAGGCGUUCCAGCAGUUUGCUGGCGGGCGCGCGCCAGCCGACAUGCCAGUCGACCAGCGCGCCGCGCUCGUGCGCGACCUCGUGCGUACAUGGGAGGAGAUUGUGCGCGGGUUCCAGAACGGCGAGAUGGACAUGGGCGGGUUUGGGACUGUCGGCGAUGAGGGCGGCAUGCCGGGCGCCUUCCCGCAGUAGGCGUGUGCGCGGCGCGUUCCCGCAG